AUGGAGGAGCCAUACGUCCAUGGGAGGAGCUCGGUGUCGGGGACGCCAUCAACAUGACGGUGUCUUCAAAUGUAAAAUUUGAAGGGGUUUUUCUUUUUGUAAUGUUGUGAAUCGUAUCUGUACGAUCGCCUCCUGUAACGUUACAGAUGGAUACGCUUCAGACACAACUCUUGAAGAGAGGCUGUUAUUUCUCAAAUCGAAAAUUCAAAUCAUCACAUACAAGUCAACGUUAGCGGUUUGUAUUGGUUAACGCACAGCUCGGACGAACCGUCACCUCUAGUUUGGAGGCAAGAAUUGAUUUUACCUUUGGUCUGUGCUGUAGGCAUCAGUUUUUUGGUCCAGUAACAGUUACUAGAGACCACUUAGAGGUUGCACUGACCAGCUCCUUAUGUCUGAAGACUCGAGCAGCGAAGAUGAAUGGUGUAUAUACGCAAAAGGGCAGGUGGAUGAUACACACCCAGAGGCGAAAUGUUGGGAAUGUGGCCAAAAAUUCCGCAAGAUAUCAAGCUUGAUGUCGCACUACAAAAGCCACAAUAUCAAAGCCACCUGCCACAUCUGCACGGUUACUUUCCGACGCCUGACGUCUCUGUCGACGCACCUGGAUAAUGCACACUCGCCACCCCUCUGCAAGAAGUGCCAUCAGUCUUUCAAUAACGUGUGGGAGUUGAACAAGCAUGCGGAGACACGUUGCAUGGACUCAGCGCCAUUUGAAGAAGCUCCCUCUUUGAUUUCUGCGGUUAAAUAUCAAAUUCCGAACAGUGACUGCUUUUCUAAUGAGGCGACUGCACAGCACAGCUUAAACUCAUUACUGCGGGGCUCAGUAGAGUUGAGACCCUGGCAGAGAAUUGAGAUGAAGCCUGAGAGACUUGAGACAUCUGAAAACAGUGUUGAGUAUAUAGUUGGUGAAGAUGAUAAAGAUUUUGACAUGGAAAGUGAUUGUGAGAAGGCAGAUGACUCAUCAAGCUCCGAAUCUGAUGGCGAAGAUAAGAGGUGCACUAAACCUGCAGACUCGUGUCCAUCUGAUCCAGAAUCGGAUGGUGCCUCGAGUUCAACUGACUGUUCCAGUGACUCUUCUAAUAGUCCGCACUCCCCUGCAGCCCUUCCUAGCACUACUAGUUCAAUAUGUGCUGCGUGUGGCAGAGGGCCGUUUAGGUCGAUGAAGCUCCAUUUGCUGCACUGUAGUGGUAUAAGGGUGAAAUAUCAGUGUUCGCUGUGCAAAGAGCUCUUUCUAAGUGAGGCGUCUCUUAAUGAACACUACAUGCCUUUGUAUUCCUGUGAUGUCUGCGGCCAGGUUUUCUCUCACGAGAACUCGUACCAUCACCACCAGUGCCCCAAGGCAGGCAAAUCACCUUUGGUCCUCUUUUGUUCCGAGUCAAUGCCACAAGUAUGUAACAUAUGCAAAUCCUUUUUCACCUCUGACAAAACAUUGUUAAACCAUGUCACCAGAGUUCACACGUCAGUAGUCAGCACCAAGGUAUGCAUCAUUACCAAUCCAGCAGCAUUGACCGAUAAAAAGGUUUCACCAGCUGUCCGUGGCACGGCAGCCCACUCAGCCAUCGGUACUCCAAAUGUAGUCAACCAGGUCAUUAAUGGAAAACUCCAAUUUGGCCAAACCUCUCCGGGAUCCACUGUUGUGAAAUCUAGCCUUUCCUCUCUCACGAACUUGUCCUCCUCCCAACCAGGCAGACCACCUGCUUUGACGUGCUUGGCGUCCGCUGUUGUACCUGUCGGCUCGGGGAAUGACAGUUCCCUAUGCCGGCCAACCAACCAGCCUUUAAGCCAUCUUUCUGCACAUUCAUCUGUCCCUAUUGACGCCCCUGACACAACUCCAGCCACUGCGGCCUCUGACCCUGUCUCCGCGCCAAUGCCCACUAUUAUGGCCAUGUUUGAGAAUGACAGCCAGGAUGUGGCUUUGAUGAAACGCAUGAACACUGGCUGGCGCUCCAAGGCGCCUUACCCCUGCAGGCAGUGCGGUGCCAUCUUGCGGCAGCCCUCCCUCAUCAUCUGCCACCGCUACCUCCACCGAGGCCACCGCUCACACCAGUGCCAGUGCGGCCGAGCCUUCAGGCACCGGCUGCACCUCCUGCGACACUGUGUUCAGCAUGCAGAGGCCGUGAGCUACAUCUGUGUCAGCUGUGGGGGGACUUUCACAGGAGCAAAACUCUUAGCCGAGCACAUGAGGGGCAGGUCACAGAAAAAAUCACGUUCUGGACGCACAUGGAAAUGUAAAGAUAAGAGAAAUAGUAGAAUGCCGUUUACAUGUGACUGUGGACAACACUUUUUUAGGCCUUCUGCUUACAUAUGGCACCAACUUCAAAACAGGACAAAAACUAAACACUUAAAGAAGCCCUCGAAAUGACGAAGCACCAACAAAUCACUGCUUUAUCUUUGGUUUUUAGGUACUCUUCUCCAAAUUUGUGCUCCACACAUUAACAACAAAAGUGUUAAAUCAGAAGGGAUCGUUCACACAUUUCAUCUGAUGUUCACGUUUUAUAAUUUUUGUAUUACCAAGUAACAAAAUCAAAGCAAAAUCACACAUUGAUUCAUUGAUGGCUUUUAAUGAUAAGCACGUCCUGGAAGGUCAUCAACAUGUUUUCACCAUGUGCAAAUGGUUAAUAGUAAACAGCGCUGAAACAAGUUCCUCGUAAGUUCUUUUGACAACAUACCAGAGUACAAAUUAACCCACAAGGAACUUUUUUUUUCAGUACUGGAUUAAGUUAACACACAUCAAAACUCCAGUUUAUCCUCCAGAGAAAGAGUUUGUCCAGUUUUGUAAAUUUUUCUCACAAAGUGCAUUCAGUGAGGUUUGUAGUAAGUCCUCUUGUCUUCUGAUUCUGAUUUCUGGUUUUCACUACAGCAGAUUCAAAUGUUAUGCGCCUGUGAGAGGUCUUCAGGUAUUCAGGUUUAAUACCAAGAUUGAGAAUAGCUCAUGGCUUUUUUUAUGGUUGCUAUAUAAUAUUUAUGAUUUUAAUGUUAACAAUCCUCCAUAUUAUGUAGUUUAAAUAAUUCAUGUCCACUAGAUGGAGCUGUUGGGUUAUUAAAAGACAAGUUUACAAGGCAACUUGUACCCACAUUUCAUUGUUUUCAGAACAGGUGUAACCUGUUAGAUGCUUUUCUUGCAUCUUGCAGAUGAUUACACACUUAAAUGUAGAUAUUAAUGUUUGAGUUUCAGUUGACAUACCUUUAAAAUCCCAAGGACUUGCACUUUGAAAUAAAGGUUUCUUCCAAUAAAAGCUGAAUUGAAA